AUGCUGUCCACCUCGCGAACCGCCCUGCGCCAGGCUGCGCAGAAGCACUUCUCCGUCCAGGCCGGCGUCCGCGCUGCCUCUGCGUGGGCCAAGGUCGCGCAAGGACCUCCCCUCACCACUGACCGCCAGGCCAUCCUCGGCAUCACAGAGGCCUUCAAGGCCGACUCCAACCCCAAGAAAAUCAACCUCGGUGUUGGUGCCUACCGCGAUGACAAGGGCAAGCCCUACGUCCUGCCGUCCGUGAAGCAGGCCGAGAAGAAGGUCGUCGACUCCAACCUCGACAAAGAGUACGCCGGCAUCACCGGUGUUCCCAAGUUCACCAAGGCUGCUCUCGAGCUCGCCUACGGCAAGGACUCCAAGCCGCUCUCCGAGGACCGCGUCGUCGUUACCCAGACCAUCUCCGGCACCGGCGCCCUCCGCAUUGGCGGCGCCUUCCUCGAGCGCCACUACCCUCACGCAAAGUCCAUCUACAUCCCCAACCCCUCGUGGGCCAACCACGCCGCCGUCUUCAAGGACUCUGGCCUCAAGGUCGAGAAGUACAGGUACUACAACAAGGACACCAUCGGCCUCGACUUCGAUGGCAUGGUCGCCGACAUCAAGGCCAUGCCCAAGAACAGCAUCGUCCUGCUCCACGCAUGCGCCCACAACCCUACAGGCGUUGACCCUACCGAGGAGCAGUGGCUGAAGAUUGCUGAAGCCGUCAAGGAGGGCGACCACUACCCCUUCUUCGACAUGGCCUACCAGGGCUUUGCCUCAGGUGACACCAACAAGGAUGCCUUUGCGCUCCGCCACUUCAUCAAGGAGGGUCUCCGCCCUUGCCUUGCUCAGUCGUUCGCGAAGAACAUGGGUCUCUACGGCGAGCGUGUCGGUGCCUUCUCCAUCGUCUGCGAGUCUGCCGAGGAGAAGAAGCGUGUCGACUCCCAGGUCAAGAUCCUUGUGCGUCCGUUGUACUCUAACCCUCCUGUCCACGGUGCCCGCAUUGCUUCGGAGAUCUUGAACGACUCUGCCCUCAACCAGCAAUGGCUCGGUGAGGUCAAGGGCAUGGCCGACCGCAUCAUCACCAUGCGCGCAGCCCUCAAGGACAACCUCGAGAAGCUUGGCAGCAAGCACGACUGGAGCCACAUCACAUCCCAGAUUGGCAUGUUCGCAUACACCGGUCUGACUGCUGAGCAGAUGACCAAGCUCGCUGAGGAGCACUCUGUCUACGCUACCAAGGACGGACGUAUCUCGGUUGCCGGUAUCACUAGCGAGAAUGUCGGACGCCUCGCUGAGGCCAUCUACAAGGUCAAGGGCUAA